ACACACACAUACACACACACACACACACAAGGUUAAAGUCAGGAAGCACACAAGCCAGCCGACAUUCUGCCGUCACAUUGAUGUCAGUGAAGAGCCUCCGAGGAACAAAGUGCUGUUUUUUGGAGAUAAACAUGCCCCCCUUACCCCCCCUCACACUUCUAGAAGACAGGCGCAUUGUGUGUGUGUGUGUGUGUGUGUGUGUGUGUGUUGUGAUUUAAAAGGGUGGGGGUGUACGUGUGUGUGGACUGGAGCAGGUCGCAGAGACCAGACUGGAGGUUUGCUUUCAUAAGCUGCUUUUCAGACAAAAAGCCAUCCUAACAAGCCUCCUUCUAAAUGGUACCCCAACCCUGACUCCGCCCCCAGCACAUGUGUCACAUCUCUGCUAAAGUCAUCCUCACUUUUACGCUUCAUUAUACGGGCUUUUUUUUUCUCUUCUGCUGCUGUUUGAUCUCCACUCGGGUUCGUCCUCACUGCUGCUGAGAGUGUGAUGUUUAUUUCAUCACAAAGUGUUGCAGGGGGGGGGGGCUUUAAAUCAAGAGUGGGGAAGACCGAAAGCGAAGGCAGGCAAUAUGAGGGAAAUGAUGAUGAUGCAGGAAAAAGAUGCUGGAAGGAGGAAGAGCAUGGAGGAAGGACAUGUAGGGAACUGUAAACAUGGGAAGGAAAAAUGAUAGAAUAGGGGACAUGUGACUUGGGACAUGUUUUGGAAUUUUUCCUAUUCAAUAAAGAAAUUUCCAGAGAAAGGCUGCGAGUGGGCCCACCCCAAGAUGACGUCCCCCAGGAGCCGAGGCAAGAAGAAACCCCCCAAAGACAGCAUGACGCUGCUGCCGUGCUUUUAUUUUGUAGAGCUGCCCAUUGUGCUGUCCUCCCUGGUGUCUCUCUACUUCCUGGAGCUGACGGACAUCUUGCCCCCCGCCAUGGUGGGCUUCCGUUGCCAUGACCGCGACCUCUCCAUGCCCUACGUGGAGACGGGAGACGAACUCAUUCCUCUUCUGAUGCUGCUCAGCUUGGCCUUUGCUGGACCUGCAGCGUCUAUGAUGCUGGGUGAGGGGGUGAUGUACUGCAUGCAGUCCAAACUGAAGACGUGUCCUAAGACGGAGAGCAGCAUCAACGCUGGAGGCUGCAACUUUAACUCCUUCCUGCGCAGGACCGUGCGCUUCGUUGGUGUGCACGUGUUUGGUCUCCUAGCAACAGCCUUGGUGACCGAUGUCAUCCAGCUGGCCACCGGCUACCACGCCCCUUUCUUCCUCACCGUCUGCCAGCCCAACUACACGGCGCCCGGCGUGUCAUGUGACCACGGCGCUUACGUCACGCAGGACGUCUGCACGGGCAAAGACCUGUACGCCAUCUUGUCGGCCAGGAAAACUUUUCCAUCCCAGCAUGCAACGCUCUCUGGCUUUGCUGCGGUCUACAUUUCUAUGUACUUCAAUGCCAGCAUCAGUAACAGCACCAAGCUCCUCAAACCCUUGCUGGUGUUCACAUUCUGCAUGGCAGCCGGCCUGGCAGGUCUCACCCAGAUCACGCAGCAUCGCAGUCACCCCAUCGACGUCUACGUGGGUUACGUCAUCGGGGCGGGCAUCGGCGUCUACCUGGCCGUCUAUGCGGUGGCAAACUUCAAAGCGUCCGAAGAAGAUGCCUCGCCUCAUCCCAAAAUGCUGUCGGCGCAGCAGAAGGACACCCUGAGGGUGCUGAGUCAGCGCGGCCACGACUCCCUCUACAGGAAGACCCCCCGCGUGUCGGAGAGCAGGGAGGAGCUGGGCAUGGCCAUGGCCUCCGGGGCACGCAGCAAGGUGAGGCGGGAGAAAGCCUCGCUGACCUCCCUGAAGCGAGCCAGCGCCGACGUGGAGCUCCUGGCCACCCGCGGUCCCAUGGGCAAGGAAACCAUGGUGACUUUCAGCAACACUUUGCCCAGGGUGGCCAACGGCAGCAGCCCCAUCUCGCCCUCCGAGGAGCAGACCACCUCUCAGCGCCACAUGACCUUCCACGUGCCCUUCGACCCCCAAAGGUCCAGGCAGCUGGUUUCAGAGUGGAAGCAGCGCUCGCUGGAGCUGCGCAGUCAGAGCUCUCGGGACGAAGAUGAGGGUGAGAACGGAGCUGAGGGUAUGAACACCGGGGACAAGGAUGGCGGGGAAGUGGGUGACAAGGGGGUGCCGGCCUCUCUUUACCCUAAAGUCCAAGCCAACAAGGGCAUGUCCACACCUACUACGGCCAGGAUGGCGGUGGCCCCGCCGCUGGUUCACAUCCCCGAAGAGGCCACACGUCCGCCGCCCGUCUCCCCCAAGAGCGCCAAGACUCGCGCCAAGUGGCUGUUGCUCACAGAAGGGGGCGGGGCAAAGGAGCCAAGUGUGGGGCCCAUUGCUGUGUCGACCCCCCGGGUGCCCAAUACGCAGCCUGCUCAAGCUCCGAGUCAGCCAAGAGUCCCUCAGGUGAUGGCGAUGUCCAAGCAGCAGAGCCACGGCGGGGUCACCUCGGAGGGCGGCUCCUCCUCCGGUGGCGGCUCCAACUCGUCCGAGUCACCCUACUAUCGCAUCCCUUCCGACCGGGACAGCUGCAUAAGCAGCAACCCCGGCAGCAUCGCCGGCAGCGGCAGCAUCGUUACCAUCGACGCCCACGCCCCCCACCAUCCGGUGGUGCGCGUGACGGCCGCGAACGGGAAGCCAUGGGAGUGGAGGAACACCAUCAGUGGCAACUUGAUGGGCGGUGACACGUCGGUGGAUAAACACCGCGGCAUUCUGCAGCGGCCGGACAACGCCCCGCUUUACCGCGACUACCGGACACUUCCGGUUAAAAAGGAGUUUCUGGGUGUUGAUGCUGAGCUACCGCUACCGCCACCGCCCCUCCCCACCGCCUCCUCCCCUCUCCCUCCCCCGCCUCAGCUGUCCUCACCCCAUCUACCGCCGCCCCCUCCACAGUCGUCUCCCUCCCCGCUACCCCCACCUCCUCACCCUUCUCACAUGACCCUCCCGUCUCACCCGUCCUCUCAGCCUUUGCCUCCUCCCCCGCUCCCUUCCUCCGCCAUGCCACCCCCGCCCCUUCCCCACCCUUCGUUCUCAGCCGUGCUCCCGCCUCCCACUCACCCCGACCUGUUAAUGGAUAGCCACAUGCUGUCCCGCUCGUCCACGCUUCCCCGCCGUCCCUCCGUGUCGGCCCGCAGCCAUGCCGAGCAGGAGCAGUACUACAAGGCCCUACAGAACGAGCGCAUGCUAUAGUAGGCGGAUGGCGGGGGGGCAGGACUUGAACAACGCCAGGGUAGCUUGUACAGUACAAGGACUUUUUAUUUAGAAUGAUUUUUUUGAAUCCUGACUGGCAGCUUCGGUCAAGGUUGAGCACCAAGGGGACGCUCAGCUUUACCAAAGCGCCUGCUGUCACAAGAAGAGAAAGCAGAUCAAAGACAUGAAGGAAUAAUUCCCCUUUGGCUUCUACGAGCUUCUGCAAAGUGAAGAGCAAAGCAGCUGAGGAGGAGAUACGACUCAGACCUCGGAUUUGCUCAAUCUGUUUUCCUUUGAGAGGGCGAAGAAAGCCGAGGAAAACAAAACAACCUCAGGCUGCAUUGGCUUCGUAAAACUGCUGCCGACUCAGCUCGUGGCGUCUCAGAAGGAUCAUUAAACGGAUCAUGGCGUUAUCAGUCUGCAACCUUCUGUGCGAUAUUCAAACAAAGAAUUUGAAGCUUGAUCCGAGCAAACUUGCGCAGGGAGAGGAAGCAGCUGCGCAUCCCAAUCCAGGCGUCAAGGAAUGGCUCAAUGACCGCAAAACAAACCACUCGGCUAAAGUGUUCACUGAACAAAGCUGAUUGGCCUCUGCUCGCCUCUGGGAGUCCGCACCGAGAGGCUUGGAGGCGCUUCACCCUUUUGGUACGCGUUCAUCAACAAACUGCCAUUGCCCUGGUCGUUUCACGGGACAAUGGCAUCCCAACCCUGGUGGGCACCAAGACAAGUGGACAAUAGCCACUUGAAGGAGUGGUGAACUCUGCAGUCUGGUUCACUUGAGCACUGCUCGGACCAAAGACACAUAGACACAAGACUCAUAUGAGUCAGGAAAACACGUGGUUUUGAAAAUAAAGAUUGAAGUCUCGUUUAUAAAGGCCGAAAGGUUGUGGACGAUGUUUUCCACGCAAAGUGUGUGAUGUAUAAAACGUUAAACCACUCAUUGGGAUGAAUGGUUUUGGGUUUCUGGCUUACGAGACUUCCACGCACAGUUUUACAGAUGAUUGUCAAAAACCUGGAGCAGACAAGACUUUUCUUAGUAACUGAAUUGUGUAACGUAAUACGCGACAAAACGUGGUCCAACCAGCACGUGCAUUUUUUGUACUGGUCAACCUUUGGUCUAAUGAUAAAAUACCAAUGUGAGAGUUAGGCGAAUUGGACAAAAUGUGCGUACAUUGUUUUUUAGUACUGAUGUACGUACCUCAGCCUUCCCGGUAAGGUCUAUUCAGGUGUACUGGAGAGGAGGCUACGCCGGAUAGUCGAACCUCGGAUUCAGGAGGAACAGUGUGGUUUUCGUCCUGGUCGUGGA